AUGGGAGACUUCAACGCGAAACUUGGGAAACGACCACCCAGUGACUGCUACUCCAUAUCCUAUGCUGGUUCACACUCAAGGGGCCAUCGCAACUACAGCGGCCAGACUUUGGCUGAUUUCGCGUCCAGCAAUUACCUAUUUGCCUGUCACACGGCGUUUCAGCACGGUGCAGAACAUAUCACCACAUGGACAGGCUGGCGCCACAACCCUAGUGGAGGUCCACCUUUACCCAUUUACAACCAAAUAGAUUAUAUCCUUUGCCGUCACAGUGAAAGGUUUGUGGUGACGAAUGCCAGAUCAUACCCUGGGACAAGCUUAGAAAGCGAUCACCGUCUUGUGCUGGCAAACCUCAACGUGACAAAGCUGUACAAGAAGCUCAGGAAGCCCCACGUAUCCAUAUCCAGCAACACAAAAUUCAAUAUAUCGGAAUUUAGUGACCUGUCCAAGAAAGCAAAGUACAGAGAGGCUAUCAACGAACAUCUACAGGACCUCGGCAGAGAGCAGGAAGGUGUAAGUGCGGAGCAACAUCUGCAGUAUAUUGUGAACGCUAUGAGUGAGGCAGCAAACACAUCAGUGGGCCGCGUCCCUAAAACAAACAAGACGCAUAGAAAUGGCUUCAGCGAGGAAAUUGAAAAGCUGGCAGCAGAGAAACGCAAAUUGCGUCUCGACAUGACGGUGUGUAGAGAUGGAACGAAGGUAAAAGAAAUGAAAACGCGACGCAACAGGCUGGCACAGCAAAUUCGCCGGGAAUGCCUCAAGUUAGCAUCGACUCGACUGGACGAACGUGUAGCUGAAAUAGACCAAAUGAAAGACGACGCGAAAAUGUUCAAAGCAACACGACUACUGCGCCGACAGCAGCAGUCACCAGUUGUGGUGGAGGACUCUGAUGGCAAACUCAUUGCACAACCUAGUGAAUCAGUCGAAGCAUUUUAA